UGGCCCCCACAACUGUGCUGCUACUGCCCGCGUGCCAGAACCAUGAGGGCGCUCAGCGGCCCCCGCCUCGUGCUCUGCGGCCUGCUGCUGCUGCUGUCCCAGGCCCCAUGCGCCCCUGGCCUCGCCCCCCUGUCCAGAGGGCACCUCUGCCGGACCCGGCCCACCGACCUGGUGUUCGUCGUUGACAGCUCACGCAGCGUGCGGCCCGUGGAGUUUGAGAAAGUGAAGGUGUUCCUGUCCCAGGUCAUCGAGUCACUGGAUGUGGGGCCCAAUGCCACCCGCGUGGGCCUGGUCAACUACGCCAGCUCCGUGAAGCAGGAGUUCCCGCUGCGGGCCCACAGCUCCAAGGCUGAGCUGCUGCAGGCCGUGCGCCGCAUCCAGCCGCUGUCCACGGGCACCAUGACGGGUCUGGCCAUCCAGUUUGCCAUCACCAAGGCCUUAAGCGAUGCAGAGGGUGGUCGCCCCAGGUCUCCCGACAUUAGCAAGGUGGUCAUCGUGGUGACGGACGGGAGGCCCCAGGACAGCGUGAGGGACGUGUCUGCGCGGGCCCGGGCCGGCGGCAUCGAGCUGUUCGCUAUCGGCGUGGGCCGCGUGGACAAGGCCACGCUGCAGCAGAUCGCCAGCGAGCCGCAGGACGAGCACGUCGACUAUGUGGAGAGCUACAGCGUCAUCGAGAAGCUGUCCAAGAAGUUCCAGGAGGCCUUCUGCUUGGUGUCAGACCUGUGUGCCACGGGCGACCAUGACUGUGAGCAGGUGUGUGUCAGCUCCCCGGGCUCCUACGCCUGUGCCUGCCGCGAGGGCUUCAGCCUGAACAGUGAUGGCAAGACCUGCAACGUCUGCAACAGUGGCGGGGGCAGUUUGGCUACUGACUUGGUCUUCCUGAUUGAUGGGUCCAAGAGUGUGCGGCCAGAGAACUUUGAGCUGGUGAAGAAGUUCAUCAACCACAUUGUGGACACGCUGGAUGUAUCGGACAAGUUGGCCCAGGUAGGGCUGGUACAGUACUCAAGCUCUGUGCGCCAGGAGUUCCCCUUGGGCCGCUUCCACACCAAGAAGGACAUCAAGGCAGCCGUGCGGAACAUGUCCUACAUGGAGAAGGGCACCAUGACCGGGGCUGCCCUCAAGUACCUCAUCGACAAUUCUUUCACUGUGUCCAGCGGGGCUAGGCCUGGUGCCCAGAAGGUGGGCAUUGUCUUCACUGAUGGCCGGAGCCAGGACUACAUUAAUGAUGCUGCCAAGAAAGCCAAGGACCUUGGCUUUAAAAUGUUUGCUGUGGGUGUGGGCAAUGCCGUGGAGGAUGAGCUGAGGGAAAUCGCCUCGGAGCCUGUGGCAGAGCACUAUUUCUACACAGCUGACUUCAAGACCAUCAACCAGAUUGGCAAGAAGUUGCAGAAGAGGAUCUGUGUGGAGGAAGACCCGUGUGCUUGCGAGUCCAUCGUGAAAUUCCAGACCAAAGUGGAGGGGCUGCUGCAGGCCCUGACCCGGAAGCUGGAAGCUGUGAGUAAGCGGCUGGCCAUCCUGGAGAACAGAAUCGUCUAAGGCCUCCUGUCCCCAGUGCAGCUCACGGAGCCCUGCGUGUGUCCCCUGGAGCCCAAGUGUAGUCUAGCUUUGCCAGUUCAGCGAGAGGGGUUUGGGAGGUGGGAUCCCAGGACAGGACUGGGCUUCCUCCUCUCUCACCCUUCGAGCCUGGGGGCAGUGUGCGUUUAAGUGUGUGUGCUGGGAGAGUGUGCCUGUUCAGGAGAGCAUGCAUGUGUGUGUGUGUGUGUGUGUGUGUGUGUGUGUGUGUGUAUGCCCAAGGGUAGGCAUGUGACUAGGAACAUGAGUGAGAACGCAGGGGUGAGUG